GAAGUUCAGUAUCAAAAGCGCCCGCAGCGCCUCUGAACACACAGGGUCAGAGUUACACAGGUCUGCGGUCACUAAACCAACGACGAGGAUGGCGGAGAACAGGGAUAGAGCCACGGACCAGAUGAAGUUAUGGAAAGAGAAUAGAGGAGCUCAGCGAGCAGAUGUUCUGACCACAGGAGCAGGUGUUCCGAUUGGUGAUAAGCUGAACAUUCAGACUGCUGGGCCACGGGGGCCUCUGCUGGUGCAGGAUGUCGUCUUCACGGACGAGAUGGCUCACUUCGACCGGGAGCGCAUUCCUGAGAGAGUGGUUCAUGCCAAAGGAGCAGGUGCAUUUGGCUACUUUGAGGUGACCCAUGACAUCACACGCUACUGCAAGGCCAAGGUGUUUGAACAUGUUGGGAAGACGACCCCCAUUGCUGUGCGCUUCUCUACUGUAGCUGGUGAGUCUGGCUCAGCUGAUACCGUGCGGGAUCCUCGAGGAUUUGCAGUGAAGUUCUACACUGAUGAAGGCAACUGGGACCUGACUGGCAACAACACACCCAUCUUCUUCAUCAGAGAUGCACUUCUGUUUCCAUCCUUCAUCCACACUCAGAAGCGGAAUCCUCAGACUCACCUGAAGGAUCCUGACAUGGUGUGGGACUUCUGGAGCCUGCGUCCAGAAUCUCUGCAUCAGGUGUCUUUCCUCUUCAGUGACCGUGGUCUGCCUGAUGGAUUUCGCCACAUGAAUGGAUAUGGAUCCCACACCUUCAAGCUAAUAAACUCUCAAGGCAACCCUGUCUACUGCAAGUUCCACUACAAGACUGAUCAGGGCAUUAAGAACCUGUGUGUGGAGGAGGCAGACCAUUUAGCCUCCACUGACCCUGACUAUGCCAUCCGUGACCUGUACAACGCCAUUGCCAGUGGCAACUUCCCCUCCUGGACCUUCUACAUCCAGGUCAUGACUUUCGAACAGGCAGAAAAGUAUCCAUGGAAUCCUUUUGAUCUGACCAAGGUGUGGUCUCAUAAGGAUUUCCCUCUGAUCCCGGUGGGUCGUUUAGUGUUGAACAGAAACCCUGUAAACUACUUUGCUGAGGUGGAGCAGCUGGCAUUUGAUCCUAGCAACAUGCCACCAGGCAUCGAGCCCAGCCCUGACAAAAUGCUGCAGGGUCGUCUCUUCUCGUACCCCGACACCCAUCGCCACCGGCUCGGAGCAAACUACCUCCAGCUGCCUGUUAACUGCCCCUACCGUACCCGCGUGGCCAACUAUCAGAGAGACGGGCCUAUGUGCAUGUCUGACAACCAGGGGGGAGCACCCAAUUACUACCCCAACAGCUUCAGUGCUCCAGACUGUCAGGCUCAGUUCAUGGAGUCCAAGUUCAGGGUGUCUCCUGACGUUGGACGCUACAACAGCGCAGAUGAUGACAACGUGACUCAGGUGCGCACCUUCUUCACUGAAGUCCUGAAUGAGGCGGAGCGUGAGCGUCUCUGCCAGAACUUGGCCGGCCACCUGAAAGGAGCACAGCUAUUCAUUCAGAAGCGCAUGGUUCAGCGUCUAAUGGCAGUGCACCAGGAUUAUGGCUCACGUGUGGAGGCGCUGCUUGACAAGUACAACGCAGAGGGCAAAAAGAACUCUGUGCACGUGUACACUCAGGGAGGAACGUCUGCUGUUGCUGCUUCCUCCAAGAUGUAACCACUGUAUUUAAUACAGCUGCUUACACCACUGACUACUUACUGCUUACAUACAUACUUGCAUACAAACACAGUAAGAGAUCUCAACCUCUCUCAGCUCUUCCACACCUCAGGACUCUGAGCCAAGACCAGCUCUCCCAUAUCCAUAUUAUCAUUUUCAUGAAGCUAUGAAAGGCACAAACUGAUCUUGGGUUAGUUCUCUUAUCUCUGAUAUACUGCUUCAGACAGUUUGGUAACCAUCCAUUAGUAAACCAUCCGUCAGAUGCUCAAUUUGCUUUUGAUGUGUAAUUAAUCAUGUUCAGCAGCUCUCUAAACAGCUGAUUAUUAGUCAGUGUGAUUCUUCUUGUGUAGAUUCAGGUAAGAAAGUCCAAUACGUGGCAGCUCUGCAUUCUCUACCCCUUUAGGGUUGUAUCACAAAACUGAAUUUUCUCUCAUGUCCAGACGGAGAAAAGAUCAGGAUUGCUCCUCUGAUAUGGGCCCUCCUGCUUUGUGAAAUACCCCCAGAUGAAUUUUGAAGCCUUAGUAAAGACAUUUUGAUACACAUUCACUUUUCGCUGCUCUUUCAUAAGAGCCUUCUGAACAUCCUCACACCUCAAAGUGCUGCUCCACUGGAGAUAUCGAACAGGAAAAACUGAGAUUUUCCAGUAGUCCGUAAACUGAUCAUUAAAUCAAUUUUUUUGUUUAUUUUGAUUACGUAAGCCCUGUAAGUUAAGCUCUGUAAGUCUGAGGUCUUCACAACUUUAGUUUUGGGUCAUACUGGGAGAGCUGAAACUGUGGUUUAUCUUCAUAAUUCUAUCAUUUCAGUACAGCCUCACCUGCUCUCGCAGUUUAAUGAAAUACUGAAUAAUGCUUUAAUGAACACUAGAUAAAUAACUGUCAUCUAAUGAGAGUUUGAUAUUUUAGUCUUCUCAGCAUUAAGUAGACAUUCCCUGAUUGACUGAUUGUACCUAAAUAAUGUAACAGUUACCACAGUGAUCCUGUUAAAGGUAUUAGUUCAAUUUAAGCUUUGAUAUUUGGAUAACACAAUGAUGCCUCAUAUCAGUGUCAGUGUGAAAAGUUUAAAAACAGAUGGUAGCAUGAGAGCCACAAUGUAAUUGUGCCUUACUGUCAUGUUUCUUGGAGUAAUCCUAUGCCCAAGAGUAAAAAAAGCUCUUAACAAGUGAAUAGUGGAGGAAGAAUAAAUUGAAGGUCUUAUGUGGUUUUGCUGAACAACCAAAUCAUUUCAUCCGUCCAGUUUCUCUCCACAUAUGAGAUUAUUGAAAAGUGCAUUAAGCAUUGCUCUACCAUGACGAUUUCUAUAUCCUGUCUUGUCAGAAGAGAAACGAUUUUCCUGACAUUAUGAACUUGUUCUUUAACCAAACUUAAUAAAUCAUAAUGAUUUGCUAUG